AAACCGUAGUGAAGGAUAAGUAAAACGUCAACAUAUUUUAUUUUAGUCUUAUUUAAAAAAAAAAUUCAUUUAGAAAAUUAGUUUCAAGUUUGCUGGUAGACAAAUAUUGACUUAUAUAUUAAAAAUGACUGAUAUUACAAAGGUGCAAUUAAUAAAAAUCAUGCGGGAGAUAGGUCCUCUAGUUCACUUUGAUGAGCUGUUAAUGCAUACUCGAUUACAUGGUAUAAAAAAUGAUCACGACAUAUAUAAUUUAAUUUGCGCUCUAGAAAUAGCAGUGGAUGGGAAUUAUAUCAAGAGAAAAAAUUUUUAUUUUUAUUUCCCGGACUGUCCAGAAAAACAACUCGAACAAAUCAGUGACGAGAAAUCAAAGGUUGUUGACUUUUUAAUUAAUACAGAAUGUAGUUACGAGGAUGCUAAGAAAAUCAAUUCAGACACAGAGCCAUCGGAACUAUAUAAAGCAAAAGAUAAUGAAUCGGAAUCUUCAGAUAUUUACUCUGAAAAUGACAAGUUAUGCCAGCCAGAUAAUAGCGAAACUGUCGAAUAUACUCCCGCUAGUGUAGACAAUGAACAUGAGCGCACUACUAUAACUAUGGACGUAGAGACUACUCCAAUAGCUCCAACUGCGGAAAAUAAGCCGUCCAGUUCAAAAAAAAAUUAUAAGAGUAAACAUGAUGUUAAAAAAUCGUUUUCUGAAUUUUUACUUUUUAAUGCUGAUGAUGACAGCACUGAAAAUCCGUAACUAUUUAUGUUUUUAGAGCAAUGAAUUGCAGAGUGUGUUUACUCAAGUUUUUUAUUAAAGUUGUGUUAUCAAAUUUGGAAUAAAGUUUUUUAAUAUUUAAUGCUUUUAAAUCUUUCGACUACAUAAGCCUUACGUACUAUAGUCUCCUUUUCUUGCUAUGUUAUUCCAGUUUCUGAACCUUUUUCUUUGUAUAUAUUGUGUUU